AUGUCGACUUGCGCUGCUGGUGGGGUGGCGAUCAUCUCGAGUGCGGAGGUGGAUGCUGCACUGCGCACGCUCAGCCUCGCCUCACUGCUACUCUCACAAGCACGCGCAUUUCGCUCGCUGUCGACGGCGCAAUGUCCGCCUCGCAUCAGCCUUGUCACGCCCACGCAUACGCAGCUCUUCAUGCCCACACACACCUCGUCCACCACGGUGAUCAAGAUCGUCAGCGUCCCCCUUGUCAGCCGCGGCAUUCCCGGAGUCAACCUUGUCUUUGGCGACGAUGGAUGCGUCAGUCACGUGGUCAACUCGACCAUCCUCACCGCGGUGCGCACAGCAGCCGGGUCGGUCCUCAGCACCAUCAUGGCGCUAGGACGGCAGGAAGUGGAGUUGGUCGUGUUUGGGGAUGGGCUUCAGGCGGUUCUACACAUUGCGCUACACGCGCGAUUCUACACGCUCACCACAACCACCAUCGUUGUGGGUCAACACCGCCGCCUCUCGCCGACCGAAGUGGAGAGAAAGAAGGAGGAGAUGGUUCGACAGCUAAGCGGGUUGGGCUGUGGGGUGGAGAUCGAGGUGGUGACGGAGGUGGAUGCGGUGAGGAGCGCGGUGGGGAGCGCGGAUGUGGUGUGUACCUGCACUCCGUCGCGCAAAGUGCUGUUCGAGGAGGAGUGGGUACGUGGCAGAACACACGUAUGCGCCGUAGGAUCGUACACCCACCAGAUGCGUGAACUGCCACCCGGGCUCGUAAAGCAGGCUGCAACCAAAGGUGCGCUUGUGGUGGAUAGUGUCGAUGCAUGCAGGACCGAAGCAGGAUGUCUCCAACCUCUUGACGAUGAGCAGUGGGGUAGGGUGAGGCAGAUGGCGGAUCUCCUACCCAACCCCAACAGCGGAGAAGAGGAGUGGAUGCAGCAUGUCGAGGGAAGAUGGAGCAACGAGGGCGUGAGUGUGUUCAAGUCGGUAGGUGUGGCUACGCAAGACGCCGAGAUCACCCGUCUCAUCGUGGAUACCGCCCAGUCCACGCGGAUCGCCUUCUAG